AUGGCCAAAACGGCCGCCAAAUCCCUCGCUGUCCGCAACAGCGUACGCCUGAAGCAAACGCACCUCAUCACCCUCGGCAUCCACGUUGUCUUCCUCUUCUUUGCGUUCACCUUACGACGCUCGCUAUCCCUAUAUCGCUAUAUCCUCCUUUCUGUGCCCGCACUCCUGACUGAAGGGUACCUCCAUGUUUUAGCAACACCGACUUACGGCCCGGACGGAAACAUCCGCUCCGCAGGCUCGGACCUUUCAGAGAAAGGCCUGACGGAGUUCAUGUGGGACAUGGUCUACUGGACGUGGAUCAACCUAGUGGCGGUGAUAAUCUUUGGGAACAUUGCGUGGUGGUUGUAUCUGGUCGUGCCUGCAUACUCCAUCUACGCUUUGGUCACGACUGCGAGUGGAGUCAAGGGUAUGCUGUCCGGCAUGGGUGGUGCAGGUGGAGAGGGUGGUGAAGCCCAGAGUACUAGUAAGAGGCAAGCAAAGAUGGAGAAGAGAGGUGGGGGGCAACGGGUAGCAUAUCGGUGA